UAUACAGAAGUCAUCCAACGUUCGGUAAAAGAUCAAAUCUUUUCUUUGUCUGGAAUUUAUUUUUGAAUCCUUAUUAAAAAGGAUAGAAAGCGCCUAGAGGCAAGUGUCCAGUGAAGAACACCUUUGACACGUGUGUGGAACAUAUAUAUAAAAAAAUGAAGACCUUUGUGAUUGCAUCAAUGCUAUUGGCUGUGAGCAUGGCACGGCCUGAACCACCUUCCCCAUACCAAUAUAAAGCCCCGGCUGAUGCAGGCUCUAAUUUCGGUUUAAUCGGAGGUUCAUCAUCAGCAAUAGCACCAAGCGGCAGCUAUGGAGCACCAGCACCACAAUACGGCCCACCAACCCAAGCUCCCGUUGUUCACAAGCAUGUCUACGUUCAUGUUCCACCACCAGAGCCAGAAUAUGUUGCUCCCAGGAAACCAAUUGCAGUUCCUCCAGCACAAAAGCACUACAAAAUUGUUUUCAUUAAGGCUCCAUCACCACCAGCACCAACUGCUCCAAUCAUUCCUCCAAUUCCACAAAACGAAGAGAAGACCCUUGUUUACGUUUUGGUGAAAAAACCAGAGGAGCAACCAGAAAUUACUAUUCCAACUCCAGCUCCAACUCAACCAAGCAAACCUGAAGUUUACUUCAUUCGCUACAAGACUCAGAAGCAAGAAGCUGAAGGACCAUAUCCAAAUAGUAUUGCUCCAGCUCCAUCCGGUGAUUAUGGAGCGCCAUCUGCAUCUGCAGCGCCCAGUUCGGAAUACGGAGUACCUCAUUAGUUUUAGAAUGGAUUAUAAAAACGAAAUAUUAGUCUAUACGCAGUACAAACAACACUGUAAAUAUGCGUCGUCCUAAGCAAUAGAAAACACGUUACUGAUAUAAAGUGACUGGAUGAUACGUUGCAUCAUUUCCUGGAAACUUUCAUAUUCUAUUCUUUUUUCUAAUCUUUUAAUCAAUUUUAUUUUGUAUAUUUUUUUCUUAUAAAAUAUAGACAUAUCGAAUUUUUACGA